AUGGGUUGCGGUGGCUGUGGUGGCUGUGGCAGCUGUGGUGGCUGUGGCAGCUGUGGCUGUGGAGGUUGUGGGGGCUGUGGCAGCUGUGGUGGCUGCAACAGCUGUACCACCUGCAGGUGCUACCGGGUUGGCUGUUGUGGCUGCUGUGGUGGUUGCUGUGGUUGUGGUGGCUGUGGCUGUGGCUGUGGUGGCUGUGGUCGCUGCUGUGGCUGCUGUGGCUGCUGCGCCCCUGUGGUCUGCUGCUGCCGCCGCACCUGCUGCCGCUCCUGUGGCUGUGGCUCCUGUGGCUGUGGCUGUGGGAAGGGCUGUUGCCAGCAGAAGUGCUGCUGCCAGCAGAAGUGUGGCUGCAAGAAGUGCUGCUGCUAG